UGCUGGGAAGGGGAUAGUCCAGGGGAAACUAGGGAUAACAUUGUCUACCUUCCUGUAAGGGAAUAUUUUCCUCUCUGGAAUUUCCAUUAAACAGAUCUUGGAACAACAUCUUAAAAGGAGACAGCACUUCUGGCCAAAUUCUCACCCAUCGUCAAAAGCCAGUGACAUCAUUAUUAUCACCUGAUCCGCAAUCAGCAUCAUCAAUCGCCAGCAACAUAAACGCCAAACGCAUUUGACAUUAUCAGGAAGACCAUGAGCGGCAACUACAGCGUCACUCUCUUAGGCCCUGCCCCCUGGGGCUUCAGGCUGCAAGGAGGGAAGGACUUCAACAUGCCCCUCACCAUCUCCAGGCUGACGGAUGGUGGGAAGGCAGCUAAAGCUCGUAUGGCUGUUGGUGACAUGGUUUUGUCCAUCGACGGCAUCGCCACAGACGGCAUGAACCACCUGGAGGCCCAGAACAAGAUCAAGAGCUGCACUGACAACCUCAGCCUCACCCUGCAGAAGGCCUCCAGUGUUCCCAAACCACCUCCUGUGGCACCAAAGGACGACAGAUCAGACAUCAUAAAACCAGUGGCUCUCACCCACCCCCCUCCUCCACCCUAUCCCCACCCUCAGUCCUCCAGUCCCUCCUCCGCCCCCUACAAUAAAGCCCCCAGACCUUACGGGGGCUGCGGAUCAGAGAGCGACUACACUCCAUCACAAUCACCAUUUACUGCUUUCAUCCCAUCCCCAUCCUCUGCCUUCACUCCUGCGUCCUCCCACACCAGUCCUCCUCCUCCUCCACCUCCUGUCUCUUACCCAUCCUCUUCCUCCUCCUCCUCCCCUGGCCUCGUUCCACCUCAGCCAUCAGUGUAUAACACACCAAUCAACCUAUACUCCACUGAGAACGCCUGUGAGGUGGCCAUGGGGCAGAGGCGGGGCCUAUUGGAGAGUCAGGGUGGAGCCUUGCCACUGCAGUUUAAUGGAGUUCCCAGGAAACACGUUGUGGACACAGACAUCCAUUUUUACCAUGUGCCCACUCAUGCUGAUGCCAGCAGGAAGCGCAUAACGGAGGACACAGAGGACUGGCGCCCCCGCACUGGCACCACCCAGUCCAGAUCAUUCAAGAUUCUGGCUCAGAUCACUGGCACCGAGCACGCUCAAGAUGAGGAAGCUGACAAAGCCAAGAAGACAAAUUCCUUCACUCUUUCCUCUUCCAGUUAUCUCACUGACUCUGAGACAAACAGUGGGAAGGUCAGUGACAGGUCUCCAGCACGCCAAGCAGGUGGUUCACUCACAACGUGCAGCGCCCUGAGUGAUACAGAGACCACUCCCACAUCUCACACUGACCAACCACAGCUACAGGCGACAGGCUCAUCAGCCAAUCAGCAGUGGCAAGAGAAGGAUGCUAUAAUCCAACAUGAUGUCCUUAUUUCCAAACCUGACGGCCUCUUAAAAACCCAAAAUCAAGACAACAACAUAUCAUCUGCGUCACACCUUCGUCUAGUUGCCAUCCCAUUAUCGUAUUCAAGCUCUGUUGACACGUUUCGUCAAAUACACCCAAACCAUUUGUCUAAUAUGAACUAUUCAUUAGCGCCAAUGCUGGUACCUUUAACAUGCAAUGGCUCAGCUCUAAACCAAAUGUCAUCAUCUCAUGCCCAUCAUUACACCUUUUCAGAUGCCCAAAAGUCAAAUGACACUUCCCUUGAUGCUGUGUUUUUGCCAGAUAGCAUGCCCCAUUCUUUUCUUGGGCCAAAUCCUGUUUGUAGCCAUACUCCAGCAUCGUGUCUGCCUGUUUUUAGUUUAUUGCCUGCCCAAACAGUAGGAGUAUAUUCCUCAUGUGGUAGCAGUACUUUACCAGCACAAAACCAAGCACCAGGGGCCUCUUCUGACCCAGUCCGUGUCUGUAGACCAUGUACCUCAGAUGUUACUCUUUCAGCUCAACCAAGCUUCCAACUGCUCCCUGCUGAAAGCAGUUCCCAGGUGACACCACUAGAGGGCAGCACAGAUUUGGAAAAGUUUGAGUCCAUGAACUGUUUGACUGGCCAUGAUGAUGACAACCAUAAAUUAGAUAAUCCUGCUGCUGCAUGUCUGAGGGCAGCGCAAAGUCAGUUUCAACUUUCACCUCAACACAGUUUCCCAGUCCAAGUCAAUACCCAUUUAUCUCAUAUAUCAGCACAUCAUCAUGCGCUCUACUCUACCAAACCAGUCAGGAGAGAGCUCCUGUCAAGUCCUCUAGACUUCUUGCCCAGAGCGGCCCCCUCACCCCCUCCCCUCACCCAUAGUGCACUCAAACAGCCCAUGCGACAGACACACACUAAGUGCCGUAGUCCAGUGCAGUCAAGAACAACUUAUCCGAACAAUCCUAGGCCUCCUGAGAAAGCAGCAUCUCAGUCCUUAUUGGACGCCCUGCUUAUCACUCCAGUCAUUCAAGCUUUGCCUCUUUGCCUGAAGAAAAAGAAGAAGCGUCGUAGCGUCAGUGAGCUGCACCUGCCCAAGAACAAGAGGGUGUCUUGGCAUCAGUCUGCCACAGAAGAGGGAGACCCUCUCUUCUCUUCCCCCGUCAAUGCUGUCUAUGUCUUUAGUGAGGAGAGUGAGGAACCUGAACUCAACAGCCAUGACUCUGCAGUUGUCAAGACCAUGAUCAAAGGACCUGCUGCAACCCAGGGUCACCGUCCACAGAUUGGUUUGAUCACUCCGUCUUUUGGUAUGAAGGGCAACGGCAGUGCCAGUGUCCCAAGGGGUCCGGUCCCAGCCCGACCUGUACCUCAGCCCCACCCUAAAGAUGAGGACACCUUGGUCCAAAUGGCAGAACACAUCCCUGCAGGGACCCGUACGCCCAUGUGUGCCCACUGCAACAUGGUCAUCAGAGGGCCCUUUUUAGUAGCAAUGGGUAAAUCAUGGCAUAAGGAGGAAUUUAACUGUGCCCACUGCCGCACAUCCCUGGCUGAUGUGGGCUUUGUGGAAGAACAGGGAUUUGUCUACUGUGAACACUGCUAUGAGGAGUUCUUCGCUCCGACGUGCAGCCGCUGCCAGGCUAAGAUAUUGGGGGAGGUGAUAAAUGCCCUCAAACAGACGUGGCAUGUGUACUGCUUUCUGUGCGCUUCCUGUCAGCAGCCAAUCAGAAACAACACCUUCCACCUGGAGGAUGGAGAACCAUACUGUGAGCGAGACUUCUACAGUUUGUUUGGGACUGGCUGUCAUGGCUGUGAGUUCCCCAUUGAGGCUGGAGAUAAGUUCCUGGAGGCCCUGGGUUACACCUGGCAUGACACCUGCUUUGUUUGUGCUGUGUGCUGUACUGCGCUGGAAGGCCAGACCUUCUUCUCCAAGAAAGACAAACCUCUUUGCAAGAAACAUGCUCACACACUGAAAAUAUGAUUCCUAGACUGUUCUCACACUUUUUUGGCCAUACAUCUUUUUUUGGUAGGUUAAGAAGACCUCUUACUGUAAUGAUAGUUAGUCCAUGCAACAAUACAACUCGAGCGAUAGUCAUUCAUGCAUGGUGGUGGCUCCUCCAGGUGAGCUAAUUUAGUCGUAUUCAGGCACCCAAACCCAUUAUAAAGAAAACAUCAUUUGAUUUUACCUUGUGUUCCCUACCAGAAGCAGCAAUAAGGCUAGCAGUUAACAACUGUUCUUAGUAUUGACUGAUUUUCAAUGGAAAAUACUGUAUUUGGAGCCAAUCAGUUUGAACUGAUUUUCAUCUGCAUUUUAUGUGCUCAUGGAUCCAAAGUAGAACAGUUUUAUUGUCAAAUGGUGCAGUGUAUGUAUACUACCACUACAAAUCACCAAAGUCAGUAAUUUAAUGUUACAUAAGAUUCUGUCGUAGUCUUUAUUUUCUUAAUCCAGAGUUUAAUCUUGAGUUUCUUAGAAGCGUGACAGCGAUUAGAUGUAUUCUACCCUGUUAAAUUAUACAUCAGAAACUACAGUGCCAGAAAUGUUGGAAAAUAUAUAUUCAUACUCAUACUAUAUGAAAACAAUUUUCUAAGCAGGAGUUUAUAUUUGUUAGUGUUAAUGUUUGUUUAGCUGUAUCAAAUUUCAAAUUCUAACCAGCAGCUAUUAAGAGUUUAAAAGAAUGUUAGCCAUUCACUUUCCUGUGUUCCAUGAACAGCAUUUCAAAUCAGAACCUCCAUCAAAAGUUUUUAAUUGGGCUGAAUGUCUGAGAUGAUUAUCAAAGCUGUUGCAUUUAAUAAAUCCUUAUGAUUAUUUGAUCUUUUUCUGUAUUUUAUAAAUUAAUUCUAUGUGUUUUAUUUUCCAUGUGUUGUGUGAAACUGGUAACACUGGCAAAAAUAUUACUUGUUUCAAAACAGAAGGUCACAUUUAGUAAUAUGUAUUUGGAGCAGUAAGGCACUUGAGAAAGAGAGACAAAGAGAAAGAGGAGUGGUCUUGAUUUUAUGGAGGAAACAAUUGGUCUUAAGUAUAAAAUAAAAUAAAUAUAUAUACAGUACGUACAAAAUGAGUGAAUAAAUGUAUAACAAAAUAUAAAGCCCAUAGUUGUAUAUUCAUGUAUUUCUCCUUGCUAUUUGCAGAAAAAGGCAGAAAUACAUUUUCUGUACUGAGUGCCAUAUAGUUUCAUGAAUCAUAUUAAUAUUUUUUGUUUUACUUCAUGUUAUUUUAUGUAUUAAUUAUGUAUUUUCACUCAUUGCAUUAAUUUCUGGUUGAUUCAGUCCUCUAUAUGCUUCAUAAACAUAAGAAGCGGUUUCUGGCCUGCAGGAAAAUAAGGAGUGAAACACAGAUACUAUAAUCCUUGUGUAGUAAACCCUGUUUAUUUUAUUUUGUUUAUAGAGGGGAGAAAUGUCUGAUCAGACAAUAUAUAUUUAACUGUUUGAGUAACUGGGUCUUUGCUUUUCAGGGACUGGUGCAGGGAAUGGAUCCAGGUAGUUUCGUCUGUGUUUUUAGUGUCUCACUUGACUGUCACUUGACUUAACUGUCCCAACAUGUCCAUUUGACAAUUAUUUACUUUUCAUUAUGGCUGAGGGGCAAAUAUGGUCUGUUUUGUUUUUCAAAGAGCAGAGCAAAUGGCAACAAAACUCUGUCUAAAUCUAAUCUAAUCUAAAUUUCACAUAAUUAUGAAAAAAAUCUUUGUUUUUACUGAAUGGGACAAAAUGGGGUUAGUACGAUGUACUGUGUUAACUAAAAGUGGUUAAAAAGGAAAGAAAGAAUCAUCUACAAAAGCACAGUUGGAACUGUUCAAAUUGAUCUGAGUUGUUUAAUAAAUUAUGUACUUUUA